AUGGAUAGAAAUGAAGGGGGUGAUUUCCCAAUAAACACCCCUAAUAAUAUAAAUAGUAGUGGGGGUAGUUAUAAUAAUAGUAUGAAUAAUAGUAGUAAUAAUAUUGGUAGAGAUAUUGGUAAUAAUCAAAGUAGUAGAAAUUUAAAACCAAAACCAUCACAAAGCAAUUUGAAAUGGAUAGCAAGAGAUUUAAAAAAGAAAUCUGUUAGAAAAGAUUCAGAGAGAAAGUUAAAGAGUAGUGGUGUUUUAAAGAAAAAGAAUACUGUGAUGGACUUUGGUGAAGAUGAUGGUGGUAGUGGUGACGAUGGUAAUAUAACCGAAGGUUUACCAAUUAGUGAAGGUAUGGAUGAUUUACCAUCAUCUUCAAACUCUCGUGGCGGCAGCGGUAAUGAUGAACAAAAGAAACAGUUCCCAAAGGAAAUGAAUUCUCCAUCAUCGGAAUAUGGCACAACAAGUGGCGGUCAAAGAUUUGAUACAUUGGUUGAUCCUGAUAUUAGUUUAGCAGAGAUGGAAGAGAAAAUGCGUCAACACAAGGUAUACCAAGAGCAACAACAGCAACAACAACAACAGCAACAACAACAAAAGCAAAAAGAUAAAGAGUUGUCAUCACAAAAGAAGAAACCAUCAUCAAUGCAAUUAAGUAAAAAGAAACAUGUCGCCAAAGAAGAUUCUGAAACAUUAGAGACAAUCAUUGGUGAAGAGAAGAAGGAGGUUGUAUUUGAAGUUAAACCAUACUUUUCUCAUGCAAUUCUUCAAGCAACCAUGGCGGUAUUUUUAAUUUGGAAUAUUUUUUACUUUGCAUAUCGUGCCGGUUGGACAAUGAAUAGAACCGAUUAUAUCACAUUCUCUUAUUCAAUCCUUUUCAUCAUUGUAGAGUUUAUCUCAUUUUUGGGUUCAGCAUUGCAUUUGAAUAACUUUACCAAUCCAUGUACUUUUGUUUUGGUGGUAACAUUGGAACAAAUCCUUGCCAAGAGAAGAAAGAAGCAUCCAACCGUUAUGAUGUACGUUUGUACUUACAAAGAACCACCAUCCAUUGUAUCACGUACUUUUAGAACUGCAAUCUCUAUGGAUUAUCCAAGUGAAAACCUUUGGAUUGGUUUAUUGGAUGAUUCUGUAAAUUAUCGUGAAUCAAGAGGUUGGGCACAUCUUCAAUCGGUUGAAAAGAAUUUCCUUUAUGUACUCUUACAAAAGGCAGUUUAUUCCGUUCACAAUAUUCGUCCACCUGUAACAAGUCAACAUGAAGAUCCACAUGGUAUUCUAAAUGAAACCAGUUCAAAGAUUGAAUCCUCAACAAAGGAAGUCAUUGAAGCAGAGGUUCAAUGGUUUAUUGAAUAUUUCCUAUUGAAUUCAUGGUUUGGUGUUGGUCAAGAGAUUCCAAGAGAUGCCGAUGAUGCUGAACGUGCUUUAAUCGCUAAACUUCGUGAUGAUAAUUUCUCACCAUAUCGUACAUUCACAAAGAGUGAGAGUGAAAAGAUUUCCAACUUUACCAUUGACUCCCUCCAAUCAUUAUGGCAUGGUUCAGCAUUCUUCCGUCCAUUGAUUCGUUCAAUUCUCUUAAAGAAAGAUUAUGUUAGAAACUUUGUUUCCGAAUUGAAUAAUCAACAUCGUCUUAGAUUCCUCAAUACUGAAGCAUUAGCAAUGGCACAAUAUCAAGUGUUGAUGAUGGGUAGACAAGAGUUACCAUGGGAUGAAAUCUCUUCCGGUAAUGUACGUAUAGAUUUCGAUACUUGUGAUGGUCCAAUAGUUUCACCAAAAUGUACCUACCUUCGUAGACGUAAACCACCCAUUCCACAUAAUAAAGCAGGUAACAUCAAUAAUGCCCUCUUUAAUGAAUCAACUAAAGCCGAUUACGAGUUCCUUGGUUUACUUGAUGCAGAUCAACAACCUCAUCCAGAUUUCCUCAAAAGAGUUUUACCAUACUUUUACAGUGAUGAAGGUCAAGAUUUGGCUUUUGUUCAAACACCACAAUUCUUUAGUAACAUUUAUCCAGUAGACGAUCCAUUAGGUCAUCGUAAUAUGGAGUUUUAUGGUCCAGUAAUGGAAGGUCGUUCUGCAAACAAUGCCUGUCCUUUCGUAGGUACAAACGCUAUUUUCAGACGUCAACCACUCUAUGAUAUCGGUGGUAUUAUGUAUAACUCUGUAACAGAAGAUAUGUAUACUGGUAUGAAAUUACAAGUUAGUGGUUACAAAUCUUGGUAUCACAAUGAAGUACUUGUAGUUGGUACCGCUCCAGUAGAUCUUAAAGAAACUUUGGAACAAAGAAAACGUUGGGCUCAAGGUGCAGUUGAAAUUUUCUCUCUCACUCCUUGGGGUUACAUUAGAGGUAAACUUGGUUGGAGAAAGAUGCUUUACAAUCUUGAUUCUUGUAUUUAUCCAUUCCUUUCACCAACUGCUUUCUUCUAUGGUGCUUCUCCAUUAAUUAUGAGUAUUUGGACUGUACCAAUCGUUGUAAAAGAUCCAAUCAUUUUCAUUCUCGUCGGUAUGAUUCCUGUAAUGGUGUUACCAAGAGUCAUUCAAUAUAUGAUUCUUAGAGCCAAGAGACCUUAUGAAGCCGGUAAGAGUGGUCCAUCACUUUGGGUAGAAGCUACUGAUCUUUGGAGAGCUGAACAAACUUUCUUUGGUUUUGCUGGUACUUAUAUUUCAUCAUGGAGAGAAGGUUCCGCUUCAAUCGUUAAACUUCUUAAAGCUAGAAAGAUUAGUCGUCAUAAGUUAGCCAUGUGGAAUUGGAAGAGAGAUUUCGUAAAGAAACCAGUAGUUUGUGAAGUUUUCCGUCAAACUAAAUUGGUCAAUGAAAAUGAUAAUGCUCAAGAAUCAAGUGGUAAACAUAAGGCUGAACAAUCUUUCCGUACUUCAAACAAAGAAUCUGAUACCAUUAAAAAUUCAAGACUUUUCCUUCCAAAUAUUAUCCUCUUUGUUGUUAAUAUCUUGGCUAUGAUGAGUGCUGUACUUAGAUUUAAUUGUUUCCAAAAUGAUAUGUGGCUUUUGGUUGUCGUAGCUGGUUUCUCUUUCUCUACCUUAUGGCAUUUAUGGUCUUUCAUUCCAAUGGCUCUUCGUCAAAGUGAAAAACAAUGGCCAUAUGCUUCUUCAUACCAUGCUCACAAUAUUGUUUUAUUCUUGGUACUUGGUUUCUUGGUAUUACUCUUUGUUGAUGUCAAAGUUUGUAUUCCUAGAGUUGGUUAA